UCUUCGUAUUAAUAUGUUAUCAUGGAUCAACGAAAAAAUUACUUGUCCUUAAUGUUAUUGGAUGCUUUGGAGGAUGAGAAUGAAGGGGAUAUUUAUUUUGUGCUGGAUCGUAAUGUGGAAACAAUUGAUCCUGGUUUUGUGCCUCAAGAUCGUGGUAUAGCACCCUUGCAUUAUGUCUGCGGCAUGUCCAAUGAAAAAUUGGCCAUUGAUAUAACCAAACGAUUUUUGGAUAUGGGUGCUGAUCCCAACUGCAAAAGUGAAGAUGGCAUGACACCCUUGCAUGUGGCCGCUAUGUAUGGUAAAGUGGAUAUUGUGCGUUUAUUAUUGCAACAUGGUGCCGAUUUGGAGGUCUACGAUGAUGAAAAUAAAACCCCCGUAUUAUAUGCUAUUGAAGAAUGCCAAUUUGAGGUAGUACAAAUUAUGAGAGAUCACAUAUUUCUAAAUAAAUACGCCAAAAAGAAACACAUGAACUCCAUAUUGAUGUCGGAGAGUAAAUUCGAAUAUUCGCUAAGUCGAAAAUCACUGAAUAAACUUUCAACGCCGGUCCGUUCUGCAAAUGCUAAUAGAAUAGAAAAGAAUACAAGUCCUCCUCCUGCUGCAGUUCAGUGUAUAAAUAAAAAUCUCUUAAAAGUAGCUGGACUCAAUGAAACUCCCAAUCAAAUCCAUGGAAGAGACGAAUGUACAGGAAGUCCUGGUGGCUUGGCUGACAGUGGAAAAUAUACACCGAAUCGUAUUAAUUAUAAUUAUGAUGUUACCUCACCUUAUUAUAUUAAUAUAACACAUCGUAGGCAUAGGCCACAGCCAAAGUUCCCCGAACCAAAACCAGUAGCGGAACCAGAACAAAUAGAACCAACAACACAGAUUGAGCCUGAAAUAUCACAAAAUAUAGAACCUGAAGAUAACCUUGAGGACUGUUUACAGCCAGAUGAAGAAAACGACAACGAAAUUGAUAAUAUCUUAUCCAUUUCCAUGCAAGAUAUUCGCGAAACAACACCCGAGCCGGAGGAGUAUGAAGAAUCGGUAAAUAUUUUCUCAUUAACCAAGGAAAAUUUAAUGGAGUUAACCCAACGAACAAGAACCAAUGAGAAAACAAAAAUUUCCCUCAUACAAACGUGGCGUGAUAAGGUACAAAAAUCCCGGGAACGUAAUUCAAUACUUACCAAUUUUGAUGAUAUGAUGGAUGCAUUAGAGGAAAUUAAACAGAAAUCAGAAAAGGAUAAUGAUGAUCCACAGAUUGCAAUAGCUGAACAAAAACCCCACAACAAUACAACCGUUGAUAAAAAUGCCAAAGUCAUUGAAAAUGAUAGUGGAGCUUGUGAUACCACCUCGACAUCCUCAUCAUCAGAUAUGGAAAUAACACAAUAUCGCCUCUUGCCACAAGAACAAAAAUCUCUAAAUGAAAAAUCAACCACAACGAUAACAAAUCUUUCCAUAAAACCCAAAAAUACCAUAUCCUUUGUUCAAACCAAAUUGGAAACCCUUAAAGAAACCUCAUUCGAUGAGGAACCCAUUACAAUAAACGAGGUAACGACAAAGACACCAUCACCUCAACAAGAUGGCAUUACAGAUUUAGAUAGUAGUUAUAAGACAGUACCCGAAAUUAAAAUUUUUUCUCCACAAGCCAAUACCAAAGCCGACGAACAGAAUACAUCAACGAAUUUUAUACGUUCACCGAAAAACCAUGAAUAUUUUCUACAAAUGGCCGAAGCGUAUGUUCACACAGACGAUGAAAACGGUAUGGUCUUCUAUGAAACCCGAUUGUUAAGUAAUGUGGGUAAUAAGGUGGCCAAUCAACGGAAUCCAGAAACUCCUCGAAACCAUGACAUUAACAGCUCAAUGACAUCCCAAUCUACCAAUGUCACCUUACCUUUGGACUAUGAGACUGACACACUACGUGCUGAAUUGACAAUAUUUGGUGAUCCUCCAGGUCCCAUAACGAAAACAACAAAACGUUUAUAUUUGAAACGUCUUAUGAAAUAUAAACGUAAAACCGAAUUGGUCCAGGAAAUUAAAUCGCGUCAGAAAGAAACCGAAGCAAAAUUUUCUGUAGAAUUACAACGGACCACAAAAUCGGAAGAGAAUUUCCUGCGCAUACAGGACUUUAUGAAAUACGAGACGCAAUCGAUGCAAUAUUUUGUUCACAAUCAAGAUAAGAAACGUAUGCGCGAGGGACAUUUGAAACAAAGUUUUAUUUAUAUGUUAAUUGAUCCACGAAUAUCAUGUAAUUUACCGGGAGAAAGUGCGUUUUUGGAAAAAUUUGAUGUCUGGCAAAGAUUUUUGCAAUCAAUAUUCUAUGUGGGUAAGGGUAAAACAUCCCGGCCAUAUUCACAUCUUUAUGAUGCCAUGAAGGCCCAUGCCAAAAUGCACAAUAAGGAUGCUCCUGCUGAGAUAUGCAGUAAAACGGGCAAAAAGGUUUCAAUCAAAAAGAAACCCCUAAAUGUGGAAAUGUUCAAAUCACCACCCGAAAAAUCUUUGGAUAGCAAAAAACUAGAUCGCAUUUUAAAUAUAUGGGGUAAUGGUUAUGGCGUGGUUUGUUUACAUGUCUUCCAUAAUAUUGUGCCAACCGAAGCGUAUACACGAGAGGCGGCCAUAAUUGAUGCCUUAAGUUUACAACAUUUGACAAAUUGCAAACGGGGUGACUAUUAUGGCCCAGCAAAAUCAUGGUCAAUGAAAGAGAAAAAAUAUCUAGGUAUUGCAUUACUAUUUAAAGCAAUGCAUAUCUAUUUGGCUGAGGGUGAAUCGCAAUUAUCACCUGGUGAUCUCGUUUAG